AUGUUGAGAACAAAGCUUUUGGGUUCAUUGAUAGCUGCUGGCGGAUUGCUGAUAUUACUAUUCUAUUCUUCCACACAUCUCAAAACCGACAAAGGUUUAUCGAUUGUCGACUCUUUUAAGAAUCAUAAUGAAAAGUCUGGGCCUGAAGUCGUUCCUAUACGGUGGGAUAACUACCUCCAAUUUACCAGAGAACUUGAUUAUGCUAACAGUACCGCCUUGUUCAACUCUGUUCGCGCUGCUUUGAGACAAUCUGCCUCCGAUAUCCAUCCCGUUGGCGUUUCUUACUUCCCGGCAAUAAUACCUAAAGGAACUUUGAUGUAUCAUGCAGGUACCGAAGUUCCAAAAUCUUUUGAGUGGUUGGCGAUGGAUCACGAAUUUAGCUACAGUUUCGGCCUCAGGCCCCCCUCUUAUGGCAGAAGCUCUCUAAGAAAACCCGGCGGCCGUCCACACGAUCGCUUUAAAUCUGGCGAGAACGAUAAUUCGAGCGCUAGCAUCGAAAGUCAGCCGGGGAGACCUGAUCGGGACACUGGGAAAUUAAUGCUAACAUAUAGAGCGACGAAAGAUUUGAAUAAACUCCUUUACGUUGACGGUGCCUCGGCCGCGAAAACAGAUGGAACAGGAGAAAUGGACACACAGGAAAUGCUCUCCAACGUGAUCAAAGACAAAUUAAAUCUGACAGAUGACGGCGAAGACAGAGGCAUGAAAGAGCGGCUUUUCGCCUCAAGAAUAUGCAAAUGGGGAAAGCCGUUUGGUCUGAAUGGUAUUGUGAGAGUUGAGGUUGGCUUUGAAGUUAUUUUGUGCGAUUUCUCAUCGAAUGAUGUCGAGUUGGUUUCCUCUUUGGAGAUGGCAUACCCCAGUGAUCACCUCGGAUUACCGCCACCAACUGUCCUUUCAAAGGAGAACGGCUGGCCAAUUGAUGAUAACUACAAUUUAGUGGAACUAAACUUGACAAAAGAGCAGAGGACCAUUCUUAGUAAGGAGGACUCGUGGGAAAAAAAGUUGUCCAAUUUCAAUGCUAUCAAGAGUUUUAACUGGUUGCUUGCAGGCGCGGUCCAUGAUAAAGGGGAUAAGAGAAUUCAGUUGGACUACAGAUACUUGGUCACUGGCAUCAAUAGGACUUCCAUCAACCCUGAUCCAAAUAACAGAAGAUUGCUUAACAAUGGAUUGUCGUGGGACAAACAGUUGCAAAUGGUUGAGGACCUUGAACAAGCAUUGAGUGUUGGUUUUAAUGCAUACGAAAGUAACGACUGGCAGCAAGUCUUUGACGAAAUCGUUGAUAAGUUUGCACCAAUGUUGAAGGUGAUAAGCGGCAUUUUAAGCCGCAAUGAAUCGACGCAUGAGGCUGUAGCCAUCAAUGCAACUGCUGUGACAUUGAAUUUCUCUCUAAGGUUCAUGACUCAAGAAGACACCAAUGGCCUCUUUAGUAAAGACAAAGAGUUCGCCGUGUACCAGUACGUGAGGCCUUUGAAAAACCUGCGCACCAACUCGGAUUUUCUAAUUUGGUCAGCCGCAGUCAAGGUUGUCGGCCAAAUUGUAGACGUCAUCUAUGAUGUCAACAAUCUACUAAUACCUAUUGUGCGCUCUUCAAUGCAUGAUGAAAUUGAUUUUUUACAAGCAAGCAAAAAUAUUAAAGCUGCUCGCCAGGAAGUUGAAGGCCUGAUUGGAUCUUUGAGAUGGAUUGAGUUGGACUACCGCUGCAAAAGAGUUUGUGAAUGGGAUGAAGUCUGCUACACUCCAUCUUGGGGGCCUUCUCCUAUGGGCAUGGGGGUUCCCGGAUCUUCAAGGGCUAAAGAAGGAACACAUUAUGAUGAGGAUCGUAAAAGAUUAGUGAUUGACAACGAACUCCAAUGUAUCAGCGUAAACGAGCUAUUAAACAAAAUGCCAUAG